AUGAUUUUUACCGUCGCUAUCGUCGCUGGUCUUGCGGCUUUCCAUGUUGCCAAUGCGAUGCCAUUCACCAUACCUUACCUGGACAAAACUGGCCGUAUUGAGGUUCAAGGUCACCGCGGUGGCCUCGGUAUGAGGAGUGAGGAAUCGCUUUGGGUAGAGUGGACUACAAAUGCAAUGGACGAUCAGGAUGACUGA